AUGGAUUUACUACCCUCCUGGAUCAGCAUCAUUUGUAUUUCAGCAGUGGGAGAUGUGUGGGAGAUUAGUUUAGCUCACCCUAAAUAUAGAACAUACGAUGCGAGGCUGCCAUCUUUUGAAGGUUGGCCUUCAGUUAUUAAGCAGCGUCCUGACAAACUAACUGAACCUGCAUUCUUUUAUGCCGGUGAUGGAGAUGAAACUAUGCAUUUCCAUUGUGGUAGAAGUUUGAAAUAUUGGGAUGAAAUGAGCAACCCAUGGGUUGAGCAUGCUGUAUGGUUUUCCAAGUGCUUGUUCAUGCUUCUUGCAAAGGGUAAGGUUUUUUUGGAUAAUAUCUGUCUGAAUAUAGGUGCAAGAAUUGUGGAAAAGAAUGCAGCUAGUAUUAAACCUCCAUCAAAUCUUCUGAAAGCAACAUCAGAACACAAUGUGACUGUGAGAGCUUCUAACAUUGCUCUCGUGUGUCAUAUGUGGCUAAAUGUUAGCGAUAGAGAAGCGAUAGAGUCAGCUACAAGCAGCUGGAAUGGUGAAACCACUUCAAACAGUUCGUGGGUGAAAAAAAUUAACAGUGCUUCCAUGUAUACUGAAGGUGCAGCAGUGAGGCUUCCUUGGUCAUUAGAAAAAGCUUCUGUCUGCCGUAGCAAUUAUAAAAGUGAUUGGGAAUAUAUAGCGGCACACAGACAUUUGCUAUUAUUCGAACAUUAA